UGCCCAGCGGGAGGACAGGAGAGAGGAGUCCACGCGAGCGGAGAGGAGAGGAGAGGGAGAAGAACGAGGGAGAGGAGAGAGAUCUCCCCCCACCCACCCCGACCCUUCCUCCUCCCCUCGGCCUCUCCGGCGGGCGGGCAAUUCGGCCAUGGAUCCCCCACGCGGAGGAAAAAUGAGAUGGAGAUGUCUGUACUGACAUGCAGGACACAUUGACCUCUUUCUAGUGUAGUUUCAGCCAUAGUUAUCAAGGAGGCAAAGCGAGAUAAGGCGACUGCUUACCAUUUGGACGCUUGUGUGCUAAGGCGUAAACGAUGGUGACACCAUACUAGUAUGGCAGCUGAAGGUUUGUGGGGGAGAAGGGAGAAUGGCAUGCAAAAAAGAAGGGUGGGGAGGGGGUGGGUGGGUGAUGACACCAGGUCAAGUAACCCUAACCCAUAGAGGGGCAAACUAGCAGCAGACGUCUGUUCAUUGCUGCUGGAGGGAGGCGGCUGCCGCCACUGCCGUGCGGGCUUGAUGCGACAAUCCCUUUGUGCUGGAGUGCAGAUCGGAGGCUGUGAACCCUGCUUCUGCAGUGCAAACUGGAGGUGUACCCUGCUACUGUGUCAACCAGAGGCAGCCGCUGCAGCUCGUGAUGCGGGAUAAGGGAGGAUGAUUCCUCCUGAGCGGUAUCCUGCAGACCUCCCACUCUCUCUCUCAAACACUUUUAUCUGUCUUGUGCUCUAUUUCUCUCACGCCACGUCUCUGUUUGUCAUUCACCAGAGUCUCUUGCUGUUUUAUCCUUUAUUCUCCUGCUUUUAUCUGCCGAUGACACAUCAAGUGGUGCCCGUCACAAGUAAUUUCCUGCCAUUUGGAUGCCAAAUUGACGAUUUUCGGAGGCUACAUUCUAUCACUCCCUAGACUGCUCCGACGCUUAAGUGAUCCUUAAUAACAAUGGUUUUUGCUAAGAUGUGCUAUCUUAUAAAAACCAUUGUGGCCUGAAACUGACAUACUCAUGCAUGGAACAGUGAUUGAUCCUACUAAAUGUCGAUUGAUGAGUGUGGAUGAAAAGCGAGAACUUGUUCGUGAUUUAUCAAAGAGCCCAGAAAGCGCUCCUGACAGGCUCCAGUCAUGGACACGGCGGGAAAUUGUAGAGAUUCUUUGUUCUGAUCUUGGAAGGGAGAGGAAAUAUACUGGUUUAUCCAAGCAGAGAAUGCUAGAUUAUCUCUUCAGGGUGGUGUCUCGAAAAUCAUCUGGUCCAGUGGAACAUGUACAUGAGAAAGAGAAAGGGAAAGAUAAAGAGUCAAUUCUUGAGCCCAAUACAACUAACCAUCAGUCCCCUGCCAAACGACCGAGAAAGAGUGACAAUCCAUCACGAUUACCGAUUAUCACAAACAACUCAGCAGCAUCUGAUGUAACUGGGCCAACUAAUAAUCUACGCUUCUGCCAAAAUUUAGCUUGCAGGGCUAUUCUCAGGGACAAUUUUUGCAGACGCUGUUCAUGCUGCAUUUGUUUUAGUUACGAUGAUAACAAGGACCCAAGCCUCUGGUUGUCGUGUAGUUCAGACCAACACUUACAAAAGGAUACCUGUGGUUUCUCAUGCCAUCUUGAAUGUGCUCUAAAGGAUGAAAGAACGGGUAUUCUGCAGAGUGGACAAGGCAAGAAACUUGAUGGUGGCUAUUAUUGCAUUCGCUGUUGGAAACAGAAUGAUUUGCUUGGGUGCUGGAAGAAACAGCUGGUGAUAGCAAAAGAUGCUCGACGAUUGGAUGUAUUGUGUCAUCGGAUUUAUCUCAGUCAUAGGAUCCUUGUCUCCACAGAGAAGUACUUGGUAUUGCAUGAUAUUGUUGAUACGGCAUUGAAGAAACUGGAGGCUGAGGUCGGUCCUUUAUCUGGAGCUCCAAAUAUGGGUCGUGGAAUUGUCAGUCGACUUACUGUUGGUGCCGAAGUUCAGAAACUUUGUGCUCAAGCAGUAGAUGCUGUGGAAUCAUUGUUCUCGGGUGUAUCUCCUGCUAGUUCAAAAAUUCAGCGGCCAUGCAUGAUGCGACCAAACUUUGUAAAGUUUGAAGCUAUAACCCAAACAUCCGUCAUGGUAUUUUUGGAUUUGGUUGAUUGUCCUAUGCUUGCCCAAGAGGCAACUUCUUUUAAUAUCUGGCACCGAGUGGCUGUUACUGAAUCGUACCCAUCAAAUCCGACUGGCAUAAUACUUGCGCCAUUGAAAAAAUUACUUGUCACUUGGCUCGCACCGGCUACAAGCUAUAUCUUUAAGGUUGUCGCGUUCAAGAACUCAAUUGAGUUGGGUUCAUGGGAAAUUAGAAUGAAGACAAGCUGGCAAAAGGAUGAUCCAAGGGGUUCAAUGCCAGGUGGUACCGGACUAGGACAAAAUAGUGAGAGCCCAAAGGCAAACAGUGAUGGCCAGUCUGAUCCUUCCUCAGAGGGUGUGGACUCAAACAAUAAUACUGCAGUUUAUGCUGAUCUAAACAAGUCUCCUGAAAGUGAUUUUGAGUACUGUGAAAAUCCUGAGAUCCUUGAUUCAAAUAAAGCUUCUCAUCACCCCAGUGAACGUAUUAAUGACUUGCAAAAUAUACAGAUGGCUGCAGAUGGGGUAACAGAAGUCACAGAGCUGGAAGAAGCACCUGGGCUCUCAGCCUCAGCCUUGGAUGAGGAACCCAAUGCUUGUGUUCAAACAGUGCUUCUCAGGGAUUCAAACCCACUAGAACACAAUCAGAGAACUGUGGUUCCUAGAUCACAUGAUACAUCUAAUAUACUGGCUGGACAUGAGUUGGUGAUUGUUGGACCUCGAUAUUCUGGUUCUGUGCCUCCCACUGCACCAAGAAGUGUGGAAAACAGCAAAGACAAUGGUGGAAGGGCCUCCAAACCCAAACCUUGUGACAUAGUUGUUCAAAAUGGCUCUUCAAAGCCUGAAAGGGAACCAGGCAAUUCGUCAAACAAAAGAGCAACGGAUAAAAUGGACGACUUUGGCCACAAGGAUAGUUUCUCUGAAGUGUCCUAUGAAUACUGUGUAAGGGUGGUCAGGUGGCUGGAGUGUGAGGGCUAUAUUGAGACAAACUUCAGGAUGAAGUUUCUUACAUGGUUUAGCUUACGUGCCACCCUGCAAGAGAGAAAGAUAGUUAGCGUAUAUGUGGAUACUCUUAUCGAGGACCCUGUCAGUCUCUCUGGCCAGCUCGUCGACAGCUUCUCGGAGAGGAUAUAUAGCAAAAAGCGGCCUUCCAUGCCUUCUGGUUUCUGCAUGGAUCUGUGGCAUUAAGGAACUGCAGGGUCUUACCGUUCGCUUUGUAGGGAGCAUAUUCGGCCCAUUCUUUUGUUGCAGAUCGUUGCAUUGAUUCUUCAUUGGAAAUUUAGCUGAAGUAUUUGACUUGCACAUCUUCAUUGAAACUUUCCUUGGUGAUGACAGUAGGUUAUGUUAUCGUCGGGCAACUUCUUUUUCCCUUCUGUUUUUUUUUUCUUCAUUUGCUCCAUAAUAGGUUACAGUGCUCCCAUGUUAAUCUUAGAGCAUCAAUGUGCUGCAUUGUUCAGUCAGCUUAGUGCCGUCAUGAAUUUUGUGGCGUGUAGCUUGUCUGAAGAAGAGGAUGGUUGCCAGGCUGGAUCAGGAAUGCGCCUGUGGGACGAAGCAGGCUUCGUGUGGACGCUGACGAAUCCAAGCUAACCAUGUCUUGUCGGUAAAAUGGUUGUGCUGUAUCUUCGGGGGGAUUUGCAUUUUCUUGCUGACUCUUUCUGGGAAUGGGAGGAAUGAUGUUUAAGGUGCAGAACGUCUGCCUUAAUUUAAUGUUAUGUUGACUCAUGCUCCUUUAUCUGCUGCAUUUGUUGGUUC